AAGGUUUCCGAAUAAAACUUUUGAAAUUGAUUUUUUAUGAAUGAGAUUCUGGAAAAAAAGGAAAGAAAAAAUGAAUCAUUCUUUGUUUAUCAUCAUAUCAUAAAAACCAAGCACCAUUAUUGAUGAAGCUAUUCUUUCUGGCAAAUUUUUUAUCAGAGACAUCAAGAACUUCAACAUAAAAUCAAAGUUUGAAAAAUAAAAUCAGCAUCAUGGCUGAUGGGAAAAGCUCAAAAUUAUCCUUUGAAAGCGUAACAACUCCACCACCACCUAAUAACGGAAUAAGUUACAAUUCAGCGUCAAACAGCCUUAGAUCAUCUCCAAAUUACUUCAACAAUGGAAAUGUGUCAUCAUCGGGUAUCAAUGACGCUAACAACAAGACGGUAGCAACUAAUCAAAAACAAAGUCUGGUACGAACUUUUCAAAAUGAAAUAAAUAAUCAGAAGAAACCAACUGUUCAAUUAACUCAUUUGCUUCAAAGACCACCUGUUGAUAUCGAAUUUAAGGAAAUAUCUUAUUCUGUGUCUGAAGGUCAUGCUCGCGGUUAUAAAACAAUCCUUAAAAGUAUCAAUGGAAAGUUUCGAUCAAGUGAGUUGGUGGCAAUUAUGGGUCCAUCUGGUGCGGGGAAAUCAACAUUAAUGAAUAUAUUGGCAGGAUAUAAAACUUCAAAUUUAACGGGACAAGUUCUUAUAAAUGGAAAAGAAAGAAACUUGCGUCGUUUUAGAAAAUUGAGUUGUUAUAUUAUGCAAGAUGAUCAACUUCUUCCUUAUCUCACUGUACGCGAAGCUAUGUUGGUGUCAGCAAACUUAAAAUUAGGAAAAGAUUUAACAUUAUCAGCAAAGAAAAUUAUUGUUGAUGAAAUCAUUGAUGCUUUAGGACUUUCGGAAGCUGCUAAAACUCAAACAAUUAAUCUUUCUGGUGGACAAAGGAAACGUUUGUCUGCAGCAUUGGAAUUGGUGAAUAAUCCUCCAGUAAUGUUCUUUGAUGAGCCUACUUCAGGCUUGGACUCUUCAUCGUGUUCGCAACUUUUAAAUUUACUGAAAUCUCUGGCACGUGGAGGUCGUACAAUAGUUUGUACGAUUCAUCAGCCUUCGGCAAGGCUUUUUGAGAUGUUUGAUAAUCUUUACAUGUUGGCAGAAGGGAGAUGCAUUUACGAAGGAGUAGUUUCGGGACUUGUUCCAUUUUUAGCUGGUAACGGUUACAUUUGUCCAUCUUAUCAUAAUCCAGCCGACUUUGUGAUGGAAGUUGCAUGUGGUGAACAUGGUGAAGCUGUUGAUAAGUUAGUGAAAGCAGUAAAUGAUGGAAAAUCUCAUAAUUAUGCUCAAAGCACUAACAAUCACGAUAAAAAUUUAUCAUUACAACAACAGUCUAACGAAAAAAUUGUCAACUCUGUUUUGGCAGCAUCGUCAAAUGAAAUUGCUUUGGAUCAAACCACAGAAUUUGUGCCUCGUGAAAAUGUCAUUGUGGAUGUGAAUUUAGUGAAAAUUUCAUCAAGUAAAAGUCAACGUAAUAAUGACUAUACAGUGAUAAAUGUUGAUGGAACUCAUCACCAUCAGAAACAACAACAGUCGUCUAAUGAAGCAUCGUCAUCACUAUUAGACUCAUCAACAGAAAGUGUCAUAGUCUCGCGGAAAGAUUCUCAUUAUAGAAACCACAUUAAUGGCUUUCCAACCUCUUCAUGGACUCAGUUUUGGAUUCUUCUUAAGAGAACUUUUAUAACAAUUAUUCGUGACCAAACAUUGACACAAAUGCGUCUUGUGAGUCAUGUCGUUGUUGGUGCAAUUAUUGGAAUGAUUUAUUAUGGAAUUGGGAACGAUGCAAGCAAAAUUAUGAGUAAUGCUGGAUGUAUUUUCUUCACUACACUCUUCACCAUGUUCUCGGCUAUGAUGCCAACAAUCCUGACUUUUCCAACUGAAAUGAGUGUUUUCAUUCGAGAACAUUUAAACUAUUGGUAUUCACUCAAGGCAUAUUAUCUCGCUAAGACGAUUGCAGAUUUGCCAUUUCAGAUUUUAUUCUCCAGUGUAUAUGUGAUAGUUGUAUACUUGCUAACAGCUCAACCAAUGGAAGCAGAUCGUAUUGCUAUGUUUGUGUUGAUUUGUAUUUUGACAUCACUUGUUGCACAAAGUUUGGGACUCUUGAUAGGUGCUGGCAUGAGUGUUGAAACUGGAGUGUUUCUUGGACCAGUCACAACAAUACCAACGAUUUUGUUUUCUGGUUUCUUUGUUAAUUUUGAUGUUAUUCCUGAUUAUUUAAAAUGGGUUUCUUAUAUAAGUUACGUGAGGUUUGGUUUUGAAGGUGCAAUGGUCUCAAUAUAUGGAAUGGGUCGAGAGAAGCUGGAGUGUAAUGAAAUUUACUGUCAUUAUAGUAGCCCCGAGAAGUUUCUCAAGGCGAUGUCAAUGGCCGAUGCAAACUAUUGGGUUGAUGCUGCCGCAUUGACUGGCAUUUUUAUUGGUCUCAGAGUUUUAAAUGAUUUACGUGGAGAUGAAGUGAAGAGCUUGGUUGGGACAAGUAGUGUUUCUACUAAAAUUCAAAUCAUACCCGCACAACCCAAAACACUCUCACAUUUACCUUCAAGGCCAGCAGUUGAAUUGGCUUUCAGAGAUCUCGCAUAUAGAGUCAAGGAUGGACGCUCUAACAAUGAAAAAACAAUCCUUAAGGAGGUUAGCGGGCGAUUGAGAUCGGGAGAACUUUGUGCUAUUAUGGGGCCAAGUGGUGCUGGCAAAUCAACACUUUUGAAUAUUCUUAGCGGUUACAAAACGUCGAAAAUCGAAGGUUCCAUCACAAUGAACGGCAAGGAAAGAAAUUUAAGUCUUUUUCGAAAAUUGUCAGCAUACAUCAUGCAAGAUAAUCAGCUUCAUGCAAACUUGACCGUUGAGGAAGCAAUGAAUGUUGCCGCCAACCUUAAAUUAAGUCAAAAGGUUCAACGUGGAGAAAAGAUGAGUGUUAUUCGAGAAAUUCUGGAGACUCUUGGACUUGAAGACCAUCGCAAGACUUUGACGCGAAAUCUUUCAGGUGGACAAAAGAAGCGUUUAUCAAUCGCAUUGGAAUUAGUGAACAAUCCACCGAUUAUGUUCUUUGAUGAACCAACAUCAGGUCUUGACAGUUCAACGUGCUUCCAAUGCAUAAAUUUGUUGAAAUUCCUUGCCCGGGGCGGUCGUACAAUUAUUUGUACAAUUCAUCAGCCAUCAGCAAGACUUUUCGAGAUGUUCGAUCAACUUUAUACACUUUCUGAGGGAUCAUGCGUUUAUCAAGGAAGCACAAAACAAUUAGUCCCUUUCCUUGCCACAUUAAACUUGGAAUGUCCAUCUUACCAUAAUCCUGCCAGCUAUAUCAUUGAAGUAGCUUGUGGUGAGCAUGGAGAUCAUACACAAAAAUUGAUAAAUGCUAUUGAAAAUGGUAAACGCGAUAUUCGUUAUGAUCUUGGCUAUGAUAAAGUUAUGGUCAGCAAUGUGAAAAACAAUGGAGCUAAAGCUCUGCUGACUGAAGCAAAUUUAAAAUCAACAUAUGAGAAGAAUGAAAAGUUUUCUGACAAUAUAAAUGGUGGUGGAAAAGAAUUAUUGUCAUCAAAAGUCGUCAAUGAUAUUUUGAAAGGUGACAAAACAAUCGCAAUAAAUGUUGAAGAAAAGGAACCCGACAAUACAACAGCGCUUCUUAAUGAUGUUCCAGCUGAUUUAUCUCCGCAAAGAUAUCCAACAUCUGAGCUUCAUCAAUUUUGGAUCGUUUUGAAGAGAACACUUUUGUUUAGCCGACGAGAUUGGACACUUAUGUACUUGCGUCUAUUUGCACACGUUCUGGUAGGAUUCUUAAUUGGAGCUUUGUAUUAUGACAUUGGAAAUGAUGGUUCAAAAGUUCUCAGCAAUUUGGGAUUCCUGUUCUUCAACAUGCUCUUUUUGAUGUACACUUCAAUGACAAUCACAAUUCUUUCUUUCCCAUUGGAGAUGCCGGUGUUGCUAAAGGAAAAUUUCAACAGAUGGUACUCAUUGAGAAGCUACUACAUGGCAAUUACUUUGUCUGACAUUCCGUUUCAAGCAAUUUUCUGUUUCAUCUAUGUUUCUAUUGUUUAUUACUUUACAUCCCAACCAAUGGAACUUUUCAGAUAUGGAAUGUUCUUAACUGCUUGCCUUUUAAUAGCAUUUGUAGCUCAGAGUGUUGGUCUUGUUGUGGGAGCGGCAAUGAAUGUACAAAACGGCGUGUUCUUGGCACCUGUCAUGUCAGUUCCAUUCCUAUUAUUUUCGGGUUUCUUCGUUUCGUUUGAUGCUAUUCCAAUUUAUCUUCGUUGGAUAACUUAUUUAUCAUAUAUUCGAUAUGGAUUCGAAGCUACAGCUUUGUCAACUUAUGGCUUUGACAGAGAACAACUUAAAUAGGGACUUGGAAAAUUGAACGAAAUGACGGAUAUUACAUCAUCCCAACAAAUAAUAGAUGUCAAUACUGGCAAAAGAGGUCAAGCUUUAAAAUAUUUACCACGUUGGCCACCGGUAGAUAUCGAUUUCGAGGAUUUGAUUUAUACUGUGGAAAAUGAAGUUGAAAGUCCAUCAAAAAUUCUUCGCUCACUAUCGGGAUCGUUUAAAUCCGGGAAACUUACAGCUAUAAUGGGACCAUCAGGGGCUGGUAAAACAUCACUUUUAAAUGUCUUAGCUGGGUUUAAAUGUCUCAAUGUUAGUGGAAAUAUCUUUGUGAAUAAAAAAGAACGCGACAUGAAAACAUUUCGCAGAAUGUCACGUUACAUCAUGCAACAAGAUAUUGUUCAAGAAGGUUUAACAGUGAGAGAAUCAAUGCUUUUCGCUGCCGAUUUUAAAUUAGGAUUUGAAGAUCUGACAAAGCAACAAAAGAAUGACUUAAUAGAAGAAAUAAUUCACUUAUUACGUUUAGAUAAAACUAUGGAUACAGAUUGCAAACAAUUGUCUGGUGGAGAAAAGAAGCGAUUGUCGAUUGCACUUGAACUAGUGAAUAAUCCGCCAGUUUUAUUCCUUGAUGAACCAACUACUGGUUUAGAUGAUCUCAGCAGUUCACAAACAAUUGAACUACUUAGAAGAAUUGCACAUGGAGGUCGAACAGUGAUUUGUUCUAUUCACACUCCAUCAGCAAAAAUAUUUGAGAUGUUUGAUCAUGUUUAUUGUGUCGCAAAUGGUCAAUGCAUUUACCAAGGUGAAGGUCACAACAUUGUUCCUUAUGUAGAAACGAUUGGACUUCGAUGUCCAAAAACUUACAAUCCUGCUGAUUUCAUUAUUGAAGUAGCAUGUGGUGAAUAUGGAAAAGAACAUCUUCAUCGAAUGGUUGAAUGUGUUGAUAACGGUCAUGUUCUAAAUUGGAAACCAUCAAAAGAUACUAAAGAUAGAUAUAUAAGAAAAUAUUCUACAACUUUUGAUGACUUCUAUGUUGAACGCCCAUUGGAAGAAGAAGAAAUUAAUCCCAGAAAUUUGACAUUUAAAUGUUCAGCUUGGGAGCAAUUUAUUCUACUGUUCAAGAGAUCCACCCUGAAAAUGUAUCGCAAUAAGACCUACCUCUUAAUUCGAAUCUAUAUGCACAUCUUUCUUGGCUUUGUAAUAGGUGGCUUGUUUUAUCAGAUGGGAAAUGACGCAACUAAAACUUUAUUCAAUUUUGGAUUCUGUUUUACCAUAAUCAUUGCUUUUAUGUACAUUCCAAUGAUGCCAAUUUUGAUAGAAUUUCCAACUCAAGUUCAAUUAUUGAAGAGAGAACAUUUCAACAGAUGGUAUCGAUGCUUUCCAUAUUUUUUGGCAAUGUCACUUGCAAAACUUCCAAUUCAACUUCUUAAUACUCUUUUAUACUUAACAAUGGUGUAUUUAAUAACGGAUCAACCUAUUGAAAUGAAACGAAUGAGUUUAUUUUAUCUCAUAUCAAUUCUAACAAGUAUGACAUCAGAGAGUUUUGGACUUUUAAUAUCUUCAAGAUUAAGUGCGAUAAAUGGUGUCUUUAUUGGCCCGGUAUGUGCUGUUCCCAUGAUGCUGUUAAGUGUUUAUGGAAUUGGAAGUGGAAAAGAAACUCUUCCUGUUUUUAUUAGAUAUAUGAUGACUUUUAGUUAUUUACGACAUUCACUUGAAGGAAUCAUUCAGUCGAUUUAUGGUUACAACAGAAGUGACAUGAUUUGUCCACCAGAUGAAAAUUUCUGUCCAUAUAAGAAGCCGACUUUUCUUUUAAGAAUCAUGGGAUUCGAAAACCUCAACGUUGGUUCUUCAAUAUUAGCUUUGAUAGCGUUUUAUUUGGUUUUCAAUACAAUUGCUCUCAUUUUGAUCAAGAAUCGAUUGUCUGCAAAGAGAACCAAUUUCUGGCCUAUUCAAUUUGUUUCCCGAAUAGUUAAAACUUAUUUUAAUUUUACUCCUUAUAAAAUUUAAUAAUUCAAUUGAAGAUAAAUUUUAUAUCUAAGAUAAUACCUUCAUGUUAAAAUAAAAUGAAUUAAAUAUUCAUUCAUACAUAAAUAUUUACCAUAAUGAUGUUAUAGUAAUUCAAAAUGAUAAAGAAUAAAAAUGAAUA